GAGAAAUAGAACACAGGAUAUUUUAGAAUGUGCUACACUAGAGAAUCAGUACGAGCCACUUCAUUUAAAGUUACCCUUUAUCAUUACACCAAUUUCAUGUGUCCAUAAAUAUUGUGAUCCUAGGCUUCUAUUAGACACUCUCAACUUACAAGUGCAUAAACGAAAACACUCUCACUUGGAGGUUAACUGUUUCAGUCACCUUCAAGAAAGAAGAUGGUUAAAUUCACUAAGCAGUUUGAGGGUCAACUAGUUCCGGAAUGGAAAGAAGCCUUUGUUGAUUAUUGGCAACUCAAGAAAGACAUCAAGAAAAUCCAUUGUGCCUCUUCUCUUGCAUCAAAGCCUAAACAAAAAGGAUCUUUAACCAACACACUCUUCUCCUCUAUAAAUAAGCUUUCCUUAUUUGGGAAUCAGCAUCGAGGGAGAGAAUUCAUACAUGUUCACAGUAAACUUACAUCCACAACUACUAGGGGAGUUGUAUACGAAACCGAAUUGUUAGAUCAGCUUGAUCACACUAAAGCAACUAGUGCAUUUUUUGCCCUUUUGGAUCAACAACUUAACAAAGUGAACGAAUUCUACAGAAAGAAAGAAAAAGAGUUCCUUGAAAGAGGGGAGUGUCUUGAGAAACAAUUACAUAUUCUUGUAGAGCUCAAAACCGCGCUAAAAGAUCAGCACAAAAAUAAAGCUAGUUCAUCCUACCAUGACUCCAAGGAUGAAGACUCUAUAUCCGGCACUGUUUCAUGUGAUGAAGAAUCCAGUAGGGGCAUGACAGACCAAGAUUUUCAGGAAGUCGAAAAUUUAGCAGAAGAUCUGGACAGAUAUGCUAUGCAAUUUAAUGUCUUACCAAGAUCAGAAGAACUUGGUAAAGAAAGAUCAAAAAGCCAGGGGGAACGACAACUUUCUCGUUGUAUUAGUGAUUGCCAUGAAAAAAACUUGAAAAUUCGCAUUCCUCUAACUAAUCCGACACGCACAUUCUCCUAUCUACUUUGGGAAGAUUUGAUCAAUCAGUCAUCCAAAAAGCAAAAUGGCCAGGGAAAAAAGCUUCACAUUAAUAAAACAAAGCUCCAUCAUGCUGAAAAAAUGAUUCGGGGAGCUUACAUUGAGCUCUAUAAAGGAUUGGGAUAUCUCAAAACUUACAGGAAUUUGAACAUGCUUGCCUUUGCGAAGAUUCUAAAGAAAUUUGAUAAAGUUACAAACAAGCAAGUUCUUCCCAUUUACCUUAAAGUUGUCGAGAGCUCUUACUUCAACAGUUCCAACAAGAUUAUCAAGUUGGCAGAUGAAGUUGAGGAGAUUUUCAUGAAACAGUUUACAGAAGAUGACCGAAGAAAGGCAAUGAAAUACUUAAAACCGACUCAGCGCAAAGAGUCUCAUGCUGUCACCUUUUUCAUAGGGCUAUUUACGGGAUGUUUCAUUGCGCUCUUCGCUGGGUAUGCCAUCAUGGCUCAUACCACUGGAACAUAUAGACCACAAACCAAUACCAUAUACAUGGAAACGGUGUACCCUCUUCUUAGCAUGUUCAGCUUAUUGUUUUUGCACUUUUUCCUAUAUGGAUGCAACAUCUUCAUGUGGAGAAAAACCCGUAUAAAUUAUAGUUUUAUCUUUGAGCUAUCUCCAACACAAGAACUCAAGUAUAGAGAUGUCUUCUUGAUAUGUACCAUGUCGAUAACAGCUGUAGUGGGGGUCUUGUUUGUUCAUCUUUCGCUAAUGGAUAAAGGGUAUUCCUAUUCUCAAGUUGAGUUGAUGCCCGCCCUGCUGUUAUUGGCUUUUUUGGUAUUGCUUGUGUGUCCCAUCGAUAUAGUCUAUAAGUCAAGCCGCUACCGUCUGUUGAGUGUGCUAAGAAACAUCAUUUUAUCGCCUCUUUACAAAGUUGUGAUGCUGGAUUUCUUCAUGGCUGAUCAACUUUGUAGUCAGGUGCCGAUGCUCAGGAACCUUGAAUAUGUAGGAUGCUACUACAUAACUGGCAGUUACAAAACUCAAGACUACGGAUAUUGUGUUCACACGAAAAAUUACAGAGAUCUUGCCUAUGCUGUUUCCUUUUUGCCUUAUUACUGGCGAGCUAUGCAGUGUGCUCGGAGGUGGCUUGAUGAAGGAGACACAGGCCAUCUGACAAAUUUAGGAAAAUAUGUAUCUGCAAUGCUAGCCGCAGGGGCAAAAGUGGCAUAUGAAAAAGAAAAGAGUGUGGGAUGGCUAUGUGUGGUAGUGAUAAUGUCAAGUAUCACAACUGUGUAUCAACUGUAUUGGGACUUUGUUAAGGAUUGGGGUUUGUUACAAAUGAACUCCAAGAACCCUUGGUUAAGAAACGAAUUGAUUCUUCGUCGAAAGUUCAUUUACUUCUUCUCCAUGGGAUUGAAUGUUGUUCUGAGGCUAGCUUGGUUACAAACUGUACUACACUACAAAUUUGGGGGCAUUGAUUACAGAUUGACAGGGCUAUUUUUAGCUGCCCUUGAAGUCAUUAGAAGAGGCCACUGGAAUUUCUACAGAUUGGAGAAUGAGCAUCUGAAUAAUGCAGGCAAGUUUAGAGCUGUGAAGAUGGUACCUCUUCCAUUCCAUGAAGUGGAUGAGCAAGACUGAUAAUCAUAUAUUCAUAUGCAAAUUCUCAACAAGAGGUGAUGGUAGAAUAGGAUUCCGUCAAUUAAGGCACCCAUGGUUCACAAAGGAACCUUUAAGCUUCACAAGUUGAGGCAUUAGGAUCUUAAUUUAUUCUUCCUUAUCUUUCUUGUGAUCAGAUUGUGCAAAUAAUUCAUAUUUGUACACAAUUUUUUUCUCCGUUUAAUAGAACUUCAUUACCUUUUGGGCC